AUGGUGGACCCCGUGUGGGGUGAAAUCGUGCGGGAGAAACCAUCUCCUGGCGUGAAAUGCUGCUUCGCCUGUUGCCCUUGCUGCAUGGUGGGCUGCAGGACACCCGAGGCCCAGCGCGCCUGGCGCCGCUUCUUGCUGUCGGUGGCCUUUCUUCUCUCCGUGGUGCAGGUCUUGAUCCUCAUUGUGACGAUCAUCCUGGAUGGUGGUUUCGUGUCUUACGAGAUGAAUCCCAUGCUGGGCCCUCACUACCAUCGCCUCGACGCCGCGGGCGCCAAGAACGCGGCAAAGAUCGCCCGUGGCGAGGUGUGGCGCUUGGCCUCGGCUACGAUGCUGCAUGCAGGCUGGAUCCAUUUGGUGGGGAACGUGCUGGUGCAGAUCCGCGCGGGAGUCCAACUGGAGUUCAUUUGGGGCACCCCUGUGCAACACCGCAAGGGAUGCAUGGGGAGCGCCCAGAGAGUGUCCACAAGUCGUGUUACCAAUGUAAUUAUGCUGGUUUUGAUGCACAGACGCACAACCAUAUCAGUAUAUCAGGACCAGGUGGGGAUCAAGAUGAUCAAUGGCUAG